AUGGUAACACCUACGCAGUAUUUUGUUCCAUCAUCUGACCAAGUAACUUCUAUUGUCCUUCCAACAAUUUUAUUUUUCAUUGGAAUUGUUGCUGCUAUGCUUCUGGGAAUCAAUAAAUGCAAACAAUGGGAAUUGGAUAAAGUUGUGGAAAUGAGAAGAACUAGACGUGUUAUACAACGAAUAACAACUAGACUUCGAGAAAAAAAUUUCAAGACAAUUGAAAGAGCAAGAAAUUUACGAAAAAGAGCAGCAGCUUCAAAGAAAGAAAAUGAAGCUAAUUCAAACGCUCCACCAAUUUAUAAUAAUAAUAAUACUAGUAGUAAUAAUAGUGCAGGAACGUCACCACCACCAACAUAUGAAGAUGUCUUAUUAGAUGAAUAUUAUAAAGAAUGUCUACCAAGACAAAAAAAAAAAUAUUAA